UGGGGCGAAGGCAUGUAGCUCCAGAACGCUAGUCGAUAUUUGGGCUAGCGCUGUCGGAGGUCCUUAUCGAUAGUUCAAUUUGCUCCUGAUAAUUCUGGGGUUAGUAUCAAUCCGUACUAUAUAGGCGAAACUUUAUAGGCUAAGAACAUGUUCGCUACUUCCACGGGACCAUCCCGAACACCUGCAUCCAACCAUUAGGAAUUGACGUGGCUUGUCUGGCACAGUACCUACAGUAGCUUGGCCACGUGAUAGUAUUAUCACCGUUUCUCCGUGAUAACAUAUUCCGUAUCCAAUCCUUCAUCCAAAUGUGGCAAUCCCAUUAUUUCGGAGAUAUCGGACUUCACGAUUCUGCCAAAUUCAUUCUCAACAGCGAUAGCCAGAGGAUUGCCGACAUUUCUCUGAACUGCACUCCCUUAGUUAUAUUUAACCUCUUCUUCUAGCCUACCAUGGUUCUUCGAAAACACGAACUAGAAGCGAAAUUGAAAGAUGAUAUUGAAUUAGUCAGAAGUGGCGUGCUUCGUGAUGAAAAUCCCCUCGAUCUAAGUAGUGAAUUCAAUGAGCUGUUACAGGCCUGUCGAAGAGGCGACCUGAAGCGGACUCAGGAGUUAGUUUCUGCUGGCGUCAACAUAAAUGGCAAAGACAGGUUCGAUUACACUCCACUCAUCAUUGCAAGUCUCUGCGGGCAUUAUGAGUUAGUUGAGUUAUUGAUUGAAUCCGGUGCUCUGGCGGAACGCGAUACAUUCCAGGGGGAGCGAUGUAUCUACAACGCUUUAAAUGACAAGAUCCGGAACUUGCUCCUGAAAUAUGACUACUCGAAGUCUACUGAUCCCCUGCAACCAUGGGCUGCUCAUAUCAGCGCAUUGCUCACAAGGGAAGCGCCGAAGACUUCCGACAUUACAUUGAUAGCGGCAUCGACGUCGUUCGAACUACACAAAUUUCUCUUGUCCGCCAGGUCACCUUACUUUCAAAAGAAACUUGCCGAGGCCCCUGGUUUGGAGACCUGGAAGCUACCCCAGUCGAUACCAGUUGAAUCGUUUCAAAUUGUUAUGCGGUAUUUAUACUUAGGCGACAUUCCAAGGGAUUUAGUCGACCCCCGAAGUAGCGCCACCGAGGAAGAGGUCCUAACUGGGGUGGAUAAAAUCAGCAAGCAGUUGGAGAUUGACAAACUUUGGGAAGCUAUUCUUUCGGGCGGCGAUCGGCGAUUGGCACGACAGAGGCAUCAAGAUGAAGUCAACAGAGCCCAGGGGCAAAUAGAAGGCUUCUUCCAGGAGAAGGUUCUUGGACACAAGAUGGUUGUCGAUACUAGGAAAGCCCAAGAAGUGAAAUGGCCACACGACAACUCCAUAUUUGCGGAUUGUCUCUUGCGAGCUGACGAGGGAGGCGAGGAUGGCGAGGAUGUUGACAAGCAAGAAGAAUCGAACGGAAUUCCCAUUGGACCGGGUGCAGAAACACAGAGGCAGAACGGCUCCAGGAAAGCCAGGAAAUCCGUAUUGUACCCUGCUCAUAAAGCGAUACUCAUCCGUUCGCCAUACUUCGAAACUAUGUUUUCCAGCGUAUUUCGCGAGGCGCAAACAGCGGAACACCUACACGUUAUCAAGAUAGAUUGCCUACCGGAGGUUCUUGAAAUCAUUCUUACGUUUCUCUAUACGGAGAAAGUCGAAUGUCCUCUUGAACUCGGAUUGGAUCUACUCUAUGCGUCGGAUAUGUUGUUCUUGGACAAGCUAAAGAGCAAAGCCGCAGUCGCCAUCAGUACAUUGGGAAGUGGUAACAACAAUGUCCUGAUUGACCGGACCCACGCCCACGAAGACGAAAACGAAGACGACGAAGCUGAAGUGGAGGUGGAGCCUAUCAAUGUAUAUGACGUUAUACACGCAGCUUGGGACUUGAAAGUCCAGCGGCUGGAAGAAUUCGCUGCUCGGUACCUCGCGUAUCGUUUGGAGGACUAUAUUGAUGAAGAGGAGUUCAUGGAGUUAAUCCAGGAAAGUGCCUCAAGGCUUCAGACGAGAGAAGAGACGGAUACGAUCGAACUGCUGGACGAUAUUCGGUACUACCUGUCUGAGCGUUUCAGGCUACGGUUCGAGGAUGCAGGUUUAGACGAGAUGAUGGACGAAAACGGCGAAAUUAGCGCAACAGCAGCAGAAUUACUGAACUCAGAAGCGAACGGCAUUAUGACAGGUGACAGGACUGAUGAUGGUGUUGUCGAGGCGGAAAAGUCCGAUGUCGUUUCUGCGAAAGCAGAAGUGUCAGAGGCUUUGACUAUGUCCGGUGGUGUAGUCAGGACUUUAGAUGGGGAACUUGUCGAAGAUGAAUUCGCAUCCGACGCCAUAAAUUACCAGAUCUUGCUACAAAAGAUUGAUACAAUGUUAGAAAAACUUAAGCUAGACGCAUAGAAAUAACAAUGCAUCUGAUAAAUAGAUCUCUAUUAUGCGUUAGACAUUUGACAUCCGUCUUGAAUUAUGCGAGUUUUGAGCUUUCGGAGUUUGAAGGGCUCACCAGGCACCCAGCCCCUGGAUAUUAGGGCUUAAGGACAGUAUCGCGAGCACUGAUUUGAUACUCCGGGGGGCAAU